AUGGCGGGAUUAAUUAAGCGCAGAGGAAACGCAGUCUUUCGUUCUCAAACCCUAUCCUUCAUUUACUCCAAGUUUCAGAGGAGUAACUACACGCUUGCUGAGAGUGAGGGAGUCAUGGAGAAGUGUUCCAGCAUUCGUUCAGUUAUUGAUGAAGACCCAAAUUCAGUUGAUACAUCGAAGUGGAAGAAGGUACGAGCAAGUGAUGUUGGAAUUAGAAAUUCAAUGAUUCCGGAAUCGUCUAUGAAUGUCCUGAGACUCCUCAGACGUCAAGGAUUCGAUGCAUACCUUGUGGGGGGAUGUGUGAGGGAUUUGGUACUCCAUAGAGUGCCAAAAGACUAUGAUGUGAUCACUACAGCUAAUCUUAAGCAGAUCCGGCGACUGUUUCAUCGUGCUCAGGUUAUUGGGAAAAGGUUUCCCAUUUGUCAUGUGUGGAUGGGAGGUUCGAUAAUUGAGGUGUCGAGUUUUGAUACCGUGGCGCACAGUGAUAGUGAGCAUGAGAACGAUUCGGGGAAGUCUGAAGAGAAGAAAUAUGAUGUUCCACAGAAUACUGAGGCGAAUAUGAGUAGCAGCGUGUUGAAAAUGUAUUCUGGUUUGGAUGUAAAAGACUGCAAUCGAUGGAGGAAUAGCUUUCAAAGGGAUUUCACAGUUAACAGUUUAUUCUAUGAUCCCUUUGAGUUGAAAAUUUAUGACUACAGCAAUGGAAUGGAAGACUUGAAGGAUCUGAAGCUACGUACACUUGUCCCUGCACGUAUCUCUUUCAGUGAAGAUUGCGCUAGAAUUCUCAGGGGGUUAAGAAUUGCAGCACGAUUGGGUCUGUCAUUGUCAAAGGAUAUUAAGACUACAAUACCUGAUUUCGUAUCUUCCAUUGCAAAUUUAGGCCAGUUUAGAAUAAUCUUGGAGAUGAAUUACAUGCUUGCUUAUGGAGCUGCUGCGCCUUCCAUCCUUCUUCUCAUGAAGUUCAAACUACUUCAUGUUUUGCUUCCCUUUCAGGCAGCUUACCUGGAUCAAGCUAGUAAAACAUCUGUACCAAGUUCCUUAAUGCUAAUGAAAUUAUUCUCCAAUAUGGAUAAAUUAGUUUCCUGCGACCGACCUGCUGAUUCCAGACUAUGGAUUGCAUUGUUGGCUUUUCACAUGGCACUAGUGAGUAAACCUCAGGAGGCUAUUGUGCUGCGCGCUUUCGCCUCCCUGCUCUACCAUAGAAACUGGAGCAGAUCUCUCAAAUUUGCUAGAGAACAUGAACACUCAAUACCCGGAUACGCCCCUGAGGUAUCUAAAUCUUCGACGAAAAGAUCCGAUGAAGAUCUUGCAAAAGCAGUUUCAGCAUUAACGUAUCUAAUAAACGAUACUCUAUAUGUUCUCACUGACAUGGAGGCUCUCCGUGAAGCCCUACGCCUAUACCCAGGUUUCAAAUGCUCUGGUCUGGUGUUUAUACCGAAGAAGAAGGGGAGAGAGAUAGCAGAUUGGUUUGCAAGGCUGAGUGAUGUGGAAUCAUAUGGAAGCAAGAAAGAAGGAUUCGCUAUUGACUAUAUCUCGCUUGGAAAGGGAGUCCCAUGCGAGUUGGGAUUCGUUCUUGGCAGAAUCAUUCUGGACACCAUCAUCGAGCAGCCAAAUCCAGUCGAGAUGAAACAUAGCGCCGGGAAUCAAGUCGUUCCAGAGGCUUGUAUGGAGAAGAAGGCUGAGUUGGUCGUUUCUAAACCAUCAAAGGAGGAUCACAACGGUCAAGCUCCACUCCAUGGCUCAAAAACAUCAUCGGUAUUUAAGGCUCACCAAAAGAUCUUGAAGAAAAUGAGAGAAGACAGUAAGAACAAGAAUGACGAAGAGUAUGAAGUGUGUCCAGACACAACCUUCUCUGGUCAAGCAGUGAAUGAAGAUCAGUCUGUUGCAGUACAAAAGCCUAAGCGACGUCGUAAAGAAGCACUAGUCCCUGAGGAGGCGCCAAAGCAAAAGACUUCAAAGAGGUCAAAAACAGAUGAGCAAGAGACUGUAGAAACUCCCUCUGCUCCAGCAAAGGAUCAGCAUCAGUCUAAGCAAAAGACUUCAAAGAACCGUUCUAAGGAGGCAGAGACAGUGAAAUACAAGGACAUCCCUGUGAAGGAGAUUCAAGAUGCAAAACAGAGCACCGUCCCUGACAAAUGUAUGAGUGAUCUUCUGAAAGUUCUUGUGAAACCAACUCAGCAAGAGUCUACAAAAGAAGAGACCGACUCGUUAUCAUCAGAGAAGACAAAGAAACCAAGAAAACUCUCAAGUCUCUUCAGGUGA